AUGGCGACAAAUAUCAACCGGCUAUGCUUCCUCUCAAGAAGCAAUUCUACAGCUCCUUUCCUAUAUCACACUAGAACACUUACGCCACUCUCAUCCGCGGCCCGAAAACAAUUCAAUCGCCGCUUUCCGCGCUCUUUUUCUACCCAGAACAAUACCGAGGCCAAUGAUGCGACGGAGAACAAAUCAUUAGCGGAGAAUAACACAAGUCAGAAUACUUCUGAACAGUCAAUUACCUCCAGCUCAACGAGUGAGGCAGCCCCGAAACCGCGACGAAGCUAUCUGCAGAAACGAGCAGCAUCUGUCACUGAAAGGCCUAGCCUCAGACCAUCUGUGGUGAAGAAGACAACGAAGAUAGCACCGAAGAUCACAACCCAGGAGAAAUUGGUAUUUGGAGGACUCCUAGAGCAGCUUGGAUUCAAGCACGAUGGGGAAACUACCGAGUCGAGCUCAUUGAAACCACUGAGCGAGGAGAAGAAGGCGGAAAUGGCCGAGCUCGUGUCGGUGUUUGACAAUCUGCUAAAAGACCCAAGGGCAAAGAAGGCGGCUUUGAAAGCUAAGCAGCAAGCGAAGGAUGACUAUUCUUCUUAUCGAAGACCAGAUAAGUCAGAAACGGAAGAACAAGUCUCAACGGAGAACCAAGGUCCAAAGCGAAUCAAUCUCCGUGAUCUGGGCUAUACCGAGCCCGCCACAGCGAGCGCUGCCGAAGUAACCGUCAGCCUGCGGAGGGCAAUUGAGAUCGUCGUCAAAGCGGAAUCAGAGCACAUCGAAUUCGCACUUUUCCAAGCCAUCGAGGAUGGCAAGGGCGACAUGGGUGUGUGGGAGGUAUGCAAAGAGCGCAUCUUCUCUAUGCUUCGCCACCUGGACGAGAAAUCUCUCGUGGAGGCUUCAGACCCGGACCGUCUGAGCACAACAGACCAGCCCGAACCACCCACCCAACCAUCAGGACCCCUCCGAGUCCCAGCCGUCGUUCCAGUCGCCCCCGUCGUAGUAGCUCUUUACCCUAAGACCCUUCUGAUCGCCUUCCGCCUGCUGAACACCCACUUCCGCGAAUCCCCCCUCAUCCCCCAAUUCCGCUCAACGAUCAAAGAGUACGGCCGUGUCUCUACUUUCCUCGGUGCUUCAUCGGGCUUGUACGAUGAAUUGAUCCACUACCACUGGCGAGUGUGCAAGGAUCUUCCCGCUGUGAUAUCGAUCCUGCGCGAGAUGAACCAGCUGGGCAUCAACCCGAGUAGCAAAUCCCGCGGUAUGUUGACCGGACUUAUCAUUCGCCAUGCCCGGGACUUGGAGGCUCAUCGGAAAUCCCCGGAUGGGAAGGAUUUCUUCUGGGAUUUGCCGUCUAACAAGGAGGCAUUCGAUGAGCUUACUCGUAAGGAUGGCUGGAUGGAUCAGAUCGAGGCGCGUUCAGAGGAAGAGGCGAAGCAACUUCAGGCUACUCGGACUUUCCACCGCUGA